ACAGGCCACAGGCAAGGAUGAGCGGAUCCAUCUCAUGGUUUUCCAUGAAUCUCACCUGGAGUGGGAUUGUUUUGUGAAGCUAGGGUGGGGGAAAGGCCAUCAGCAUCAGCCAUGAAUCUCCAUCAAGUCCUUACCGGGGCUGUCAACCCUGGGGACAAUUGCUUCUCUGUCGGGAGUGUUAACAAUGUGCCUUUCACGGCCUAUGCGUCAGGUUGUGACGUGGUGAUUUUAGGGAGUAAUUUUGAGCGGCUGCAGAUCAUCCCUGGAGCCAAACAUGGAAAUAUCCAGGUCGGUUGUGUCAACUGCUCACAGCGAGAUGGACAGAUUGCAGCUUCCUAUGGAAGCAUCGUUUGUGUCUUUGAGCCAAUUCAGCACCAAGAUCAAAAGUAUACUUCAUCAACUAAACUAAGCUGUCAGUGGCAGAAGACUGGGCAGUUUGUUUUAGAGUCAAUGGUACGAAACUUGGCUUGGCACCCCACAGAUGGUACUCUGUUAACCGGCUCUGGCAGCCUUCAGCUGUGGUCCAAUGCUGAUGGGAAAGAUGACGGUGAAGGAAGGGGAAAACCAACAAGAGCCACAGAACGACACUCUGAUUCUGGCUGGAGGUGUAUCUGGCAGAGCAAGACUGCAUCUCCAGUCAGCCUAAUUAAGUUCUCACCUGAUGGGCAGUUCUUUGCUACUGCUGGACAGGAUGACUGUCUGGUGAAGGUGUGGUACAGCACAAACAAGUGGAAGUCAUGUGUUGCACAGCUGUUUACUCCACCAGACCCUAGUAUGAGUGUUCAGGGAGAGCUGGGCUUUUCCUUCAUCUACUUGGCCCAUCCUCGCUCCGUUACUGGUUUUUCCUGGAGGAAGACCAGCAAGUACAUGCCACGAGGGGCCGUCUGUAAUGUUCUGCUCACCUGUUGUAAGGACAGUGUUUGCCGGCUGUGGGCAGAGACUCUGUUGCCAGGUGACAGCCUCAUCUCUGGUUACCAUAGCAGCCAUCUUUCUACUCCUGAUGGGGAGACGGUCAGAUCUGCUGCCCCCUCUUCAAAACACCCAUGCAAUGGGAAUACAGCUGGAAUGUCAUCACAAGAGUUCAGUUUCCAAGAAUCGUGGCAUUCGUCUUCUUACCGGGAUAUUCCUCAACCGUCUUUGACUGGCUGCACGUCUCACCAUCUGAACCGACACCAUAACCACAGGAGGAGCAGCAACAGUGGAGCUCCUCACGCCAAUGCUCUCUGCCACUUCCACAUUGCAGCCAGCAUUAACCCGGCCACAGACAUUCCUUUGCUACCUUCCAUCUCUGCUCUGAGUGCAGUAGAUGAUGAGGAACCCGGCGGUCUGUUUACGGUCCACUGGCUUAACAAUAAGGAGCUUCACUUCACUUUAGCCAUGGAAGUCUUUCUGCAGCAGCUUGGAGGAAGCCUUGAACAAAGGAAUGAAUCCCCAAAUGAAGACCUUUAUGAUGAAGAUAACUCAGAUGAAGAAGAGAAUCGGCCAAGUGACUCUGGAGGCCCAGGGGAGCUUCCUGUAGCCGCUGUGGAGCAUCAGGUGGACAUUUUGUUAGAAGAGUGGAAUAAAGGGGCAGACAUGCUGUUCAGUAUACAUCCCCUGGAUGGCUCUUUGUUAGUCUGGCAUGUGGACUGGUUAGAUGAAUACCACCCAGGCAUGUUCAGGCAAACCCAGGUGUCGUUUGUGUCCCGCAUUCCUGUGGCUUUCCCUACAGGUGACGCAAUCUCCUUGAGCCACAGUGUGGUUAUGUACGCCUGCAACAAGAAUGUGGAUCUGGCCAUUCAACACGGCAGACAGCGGCCGACUGGGACCUCAUUGUCUCGAACCAGAUCUGUUCUAAUAAACUAUGGGAGUCAUGGAAAGGCUGCAUCCAGCAGCAGCCUCAGACUGAGCAUUUUCACCCCCAACGUUCUCAUGAUCUCCAAACAUGAUGACGGCUCUCUGAACCAGUGGGCUGUCAGUUUUGCAGAGGACUCUGCUUUCUCCACAGUGCUUAGUGUCUCUCACAAAUCACGCUACUGUGGUCACCGUUUCCACCUCAAUGACCUGGCCUGUCACUCCCUGCUCCCUCUUCUCCUCACCACUUCACACCACAACGCCUUGAAGACGCCAGAGGCUGACAGCAUCCUUGCUCCUCCGGAGUCCUACACCACUAAUCUGCCAUCUCGUGGGUCACGACCCGCCUGUUGUAUCUCCCUCGGAGGGGUCUCCCAGGAUCCCAAUGCCAUCUACAGUGAGCUGAUUCUGUGGAGGGUGGACCCUGUGGGGCCGCUGUCUUUGUCAGGCGGAGUCUCAGAGCUUGCUAGGAUAAACUCCCUGCAUGCCUCAGCUUUUGCCAAUGUAGCCUGGCUACCAACACUCAUUCCCAGCAGCUGUUUAGGUGUUUACUGCAACUCUCCCAGCGCUUGCUUUGUGGCGAGUGACGGCCAGUCACUCAGGCUCUAUCAGGCUGUUAUUGAGGCAAAGAAACUUCUGAGUGAGCUUUCCAACCCUGAGAUUUCUAAAUACGUUGGGGAGGUGUUUAACAUCAUCAGUCAGCAGUCCACAGCAAAACCAGGCUGUAUCAUUGAGCUGGAUGCCAUUACAGACUUUCAAGGUAAGGAGAUCCAGCUUCUGCACGUCUUUGAAGAGGAGCUGAUCCUCGGCAGUGUCAAAACCGAAGACAUUCAAGACGUUCCCUGUUCUCCUUCUAUUGAAGCUUCCAGUAAGCCAGCCUUCUCGGGACAUUUUUUUCUGGUGGUAGUGGAAUUGACACCUACAGGUCGCUCUCUGCUCCAUAUGUGGCAUCUACAUCUGGCAGCUUGUCCUGUCACUAUAGAGGAACCUACAGGAGAGAAAGAAAUCAACCCAGUUUCUCCUAUAACCGGGUCUCAGUUCAUCUUCGAUGUGCCCACCUCUCCAGUACCGAAGAGUAAACCUUGCACUUCCAACUUAAAGAGCGCAUGCCGUCUGAGCCUGACCACGCACAUGCUGUGCAGCCAAGAGAUGGCUCUGCCACAAGGGGUUGAAGUCCUCAGCAUUACUCCUUCAGCAGGCCAUCUGAGUGCAUCGUGUUCUCUACCGUCAGGCCCUGUGCCUUAUCUCCUUGCCACUUCCUGUUCUGAUGGAAAGGUGCGGUUCUGGAGGUGUAACGUUUUGAGAACUGAACCCUCCACUGUCGACCAUUUGGUGUAUCAGUGGGAAGAGUGGCGUCUGCUGGUGGAGGAGACGCUUCCCAACAGCAGCGCUGUUACCAUUCCCGGUCAGCCCAUCAAGGUGAGCUGCUGUCACUCUGGAAGGAUCGCUGUGGCCUACAGGCAGGCGACCAACCCACCACUCAACUCAACACCCCACCUGAGCUCUCACAGACUGCUACCUUCUCCUCCAGCCUUGUCAUCCUCCCCUUUCUGCAACAACGCCUACCUGACCCCGUCUCUUACCUUAAAGCCUUGUCCAAGUUUUGCUCUCAGCCCUAACCCAACCAUCACAAGGGAACCAGCAGUUCACAUCAGCACCUUUCAGUGUGAGUCCACUGGUGGUUCACAGUGGAUAUUGGAGCAAACUAUAGUCCUGGAGAACACAGAACCCUCAACUUUCUGCGGCUCCACUGAUGGACAUGCUAAUCAUGCAAAUAACACAGACUUCUCUGCAGCUAAUGGAAACUGUCCUGGUUCUGCUAAUAGGAGCCCGGUUCAUUUAGACUGGGUUUCCCAAGAAGAUGGGUCACAUAUAUUGACUGUUGGCAUUGGGACUAAGAUUUAUAUGUAUGGCCGUCUCUCUGGCAAGCCUCCAGAUUUAGGCCUGUCUUCUGAAACAAACAGAGAGCAAAGUCUGUCCCGUCUGGUUCUCCUUCGAUCUGUCAAUCUGAUUUCCUCCGUUGAAGGCUCCUUGCCUAUCCCAGUCUCCCUCUCCUGGGUUCGGGAUGGAAUCUUGGUUGUGGGAAUGGACUGUGAGAUGCAUGUUUACUCCCAAUGGCAACCCCCAGUUCCCCCUAAACCCAGCGUUACCGUCGUCCAAGACACGGACAUCGGCAGCAGCGUCUCCUCUAUACUCUCAGCUGUCAGACAGGAGGACGUUUUCACCACCGGUCCUCCCACAGCGUCACUAACCCUGCCUAAAAGAUCCCUAACAAGAUCAAUGAUGAGCCUGGCGCAGAAACUUAGUGGGAAGAAAACCGUCUAUGACCUUCCUGUGGAGAUGGAAGACUCUGGACUUUUUGAAGCAGCUCACCAACUCUUUCCUACUCUGCCCCAAUACCAUCCAGUACAGUUACUGGAGCUCAUGGAUCUGGGCAAGGUUCACCGUGCCAAAGCAAUCCUCUCACACUUAGUAAAAUGCAUCGCUGGGGAAAUUGUGAUACUUAAGGACAAUGCCACCCAUCCGGAGAAACGUGUGCGCUCUCGGACUAUCAGUGUAGGAGGCAGCACAGCCAGGGACCAGAAGAUAUUCAGCAAAUCAGAAAGCUCCAGCCCUGACUACACAGAGAUCAGCUCCGUCCCUCCCCUGCCUUUGUACGCUUUGCUGGCAGCUGAUGAGGAUACGCCACAUCUUGAGAAAGGAGGCAGUAUGAGUGGUGAUAGCGGACAUGGCUCCAGUCAGACCGAUGCCUAUGAUGAGCUGUUUCAUACCCAUAACACCCUGGAUCUGGACCCUCUGGACAAUGAAGAAGAAGAAACUGGGAAUAAGGUUAUAGACCUUUCCCAGUACAGUCCAACAUACUUUGGCCCAGAACACGCUCAGGUUUUGUCCAGCCACCUCCUCCACUCCAGCCUGCCAGGGUUAACUCGAAUGGAGCAGAUGUCUCUCAUGGCACUGGCUGACACCAUUGCCACGACGAGCACAGACCUAAAAGAUAACCAGAAUAAGAGCAAAGGUGGAGAAACUUUGGAUGAGUGUGGGUUGAAGUUCUUGCUGGCUGUCAGACUUCACACCUUCCUCCUAACAUCCCUGCCUCCUGUCCAUCGAGCCCAGCUGUUACGCCAAGGCCUUUCAACAUGCCAGUACUCUUGGGCCUUCCACUCAGAAGCUGAGGAGGAGCUGCUGAACAUGCUGCCCGCCCUGCAGAAGGGAGAGCCCACCUGGGCCGAGCUGCGGGCCAUGGGUGUGGGCUGGUGGCUGCGGAGCACCAACAAACUGCGCAGGUGCAUUGAAAAGGUUGCUAAAGCUUCAUUUCAGAGAAACAAUGAUCCUCUGGAUGCUGCUAUAUUUUAUCUGGCAAUGAAAAAGAAGGCAGUGGUUUGGGGGCUGUACAGAUCUCAGAAGAAUACAAAAAUGACAGAGUUCUUCCAUAACAACUUCAGCGAGGACAGGUGGAGGAAAGCCGCAUUAAAGAAUGCCUUCUCUUUGUUGGGAAAGCAGCGGUUCCAGCAUUCUGCAGCCUUUUUUCUCCUUGCUGGUUCCCUUAAGGAUGCUGUGGAGGUGUGUUUGGAGAAAAUGCAGGAUUUGCAGCUUGCCCUGGUGAUCGCUAGAUUGUAUGAAUCUGAGUUUGAGACAUCCUCGACCUAUAAAAAGAUCCUCCAGAGACAUGUUUUGGGACAAGACAAACAGAUUCCAGUUCAUCCAGAUCCGUUCUUGCGAAGCAUAGCUUACUGGGUCCUAGAGGAUUACAGCGGGGCAUUGGACACACUAAUUGAGCAGCCUGCAAACUGCAAAAGCUGUGGACCCUCUGAGAGCAAAUCUGACAGUGGUCCCUCUGCCAUGUCUGCUUGUAACCCUGAGGUUUUCAACUUUUACAUCUACCUCCGGACACACCCUCUGCUCCUUCGUCGCCAUUUUAGCUCUUCUGACAAAGCUAAAGUGGCUCUGACCACAGAGAUCCGUAGAGCUGACUUGAUCAGCCUGGAUGAGAGGAGACUGUUUUUCACUACUGCAUAUGCACACCUGCACGCUGGGUGCCCCAUGUUAGCACUAGAGGUCCUUUCCAAGAUGCCCAAAGUUCACAAGCACUCCAAAGUUUCUCAUCCUGUGCUUAAAAGCAUUCCACAUGAACUAAGUGUGGGCAGCAGGAAUGGGUUGUCGUCGGAACCUGACUGGUCUCCGCCUGGCCUGAACGGCUACCACUCUGAUGGGAACAGCAACAGCCGGUCCGAUUCAGUGUUAAGUUUUGACUGGAGCCAGCCAUCGGUGACCCUUCCAGAUGAGCCCCUGGAGCUGAAGUGGGACAGUGACAAAGACUGUGAGGAUGAGGAGGAAGAGACAAAUCAGGAAAAGCGUAGAAAAGCAGACAACAGCGUGUUUCAGGACCGUCAGGACUCCGUGUUGACGAUAGCAGAAACUGUGAAAAGUGAGGAAAGCGAAGAGGGCAAUGAUUUCAUCGCUCCGUCUGAGGACAUCUUUUUGGCCCAUCUUAAGUUCACCGCCUGCUUGAAGAUCAUGAGCAACGAGCUUCGGACUCUGUCUACUGGGUACGAACUGGAUGGAGGGAAGCUGCGUUAUCAGCUCUGUCAGUGGUUGGAAAGAGAGGUGGUGGCUCACCAGCGUGUUUGCAGCUAUAGGCCAUGCUUACCAGAACAGUCUGUCCCGGGGGAUGGCCCUGUUUCUGGACUGGUGGAGGAGGAGCAGCCCGGCAGCCCCCCUGGAGACAGCCAAAGGAGCAGGAGACUUUGGCUCCAGAGCAACCAGCCUUUACUGAGGAUGUUUCUGAGCUACUGCAGCUUACAUGGCUCCCAUGGUGGAGGACUUGCUUCUGUACGGAUGGAGCUUAUACUGCUGCUUCAAGAGUCUCAUCAGGAUGACUCCAUGAGGUCAGUGGCAGCAAUGAAUCCUCAGCCGACCUCUAUCCCUCUGCUCACUGCCUGCACAGUCAAUGUUAAGACCGUAGUGGCCAACCCCAUCGUCUAUCUGACCAAUCUGACUCACGACAUCCUGCAAACCAUCAAUGCGCUCGACUCACCUCCACAUCCAGAUGUGGUUAAUAAUGAGAUCUAUGUAAUGCAUACCCUCGCUGCUUCCUUGUCUGCAUGUAUUUAUCAAUGUCUUUGUGAUGGACACAAGUACAGCCAUGUGAACCAUUUUACUGGGACUGUGUAUCAGAGCAUUUUACUGUCUCAGAAGCAGGCACUGAAAGCCGUCAGCAUGGAUGAGGCUGUUCAACCAAACACUCCUCCUGCUCAGUGGCCUGGUGUUGCCUCCCUUAUUUGCCUGCUGAGUUCUGCAGGUGAGGAGAUCCAGCCGGGCUUGGCUGUGCUGCUCUGUGAGAUCCUGACUGCAGUCUUCCUCAGCCUGUUUGUUCACGGGAUGGCAACGCACUCCAGCAACGAGCUUUUUCGCAUCGCGGCGCAUCCACUUAACUGCAACCUUUGGACGACUGUGUUUGGAGGAGGCGCACGUGUCCCUGUCAUGGAUAAAUCCAGCAGCCCUGCUAGAACGCCACCUCCAACCUCCCCAAGUGGGUCAGACAGGAAAUCACGACGAUUCAGGCUUCUGUCAUCCCGCAGCAGCUCCAAGGAAGAGUCAGGAAUUGAGCGGGAAGGACCAUCCAUUCCAAAGAUUGUUGUGGAACAAGACACUACCUCCAUCUUUAAAGAGCAGUUUGUUCCUCCAGAGCUCAGUAUCUGGGAUUAUUUUAUUGCCAAGCCUCAGCUGCCACCAUCGGAAAGCAGAGUUAAUUAUGACUCAGAGGAGAGCCAGGACAGCCAGGAUGAAGAUGAAGACGAUGAAUUUGGAGACGUCUUUGAGCCCAACUCUCCGCAGAGAGAACAUUCCAACCAUAAUUCAUACAGCUGGUGUUUGAUGCGUCUAGCCAUGGUUCAGCUGGUAUUAGUCAACCUCAAGUCUUUUUACCCGAUGGCAGGAUACGAUUUGUUAGAUUUGCCUGUGGCCUCUCCACUAUGUCACGCCGUAGUUAAGACGCUGCAACGAUGGGAGCAGGUGCUGCAAAAGAGGCUGGAGCUGUUCGGCGGCCCUCCCUCUAAGUAUAUCUCCACUUACCUCCAGGAUGAAAUCACCACACCUGGCCCUGCCCUGCUCAGACACAAAGCCCUAUUUGAACCAUCUAACACUCCUUUCAGAAAUAGCCACCAUUCAGCACUGCCUGUGAAGCGUUUAUGGCAGUAUUUGGUCAAACAGGAAGAGGUGCAGGAGACAUUCAUUAGAAACAUCUUCACAAAGAAACCAGGCACAAAUCAGUUGGUUGAGGACCACCCUGACAUUAUGAAAUAUUCAGGAGUGGAAGGGGCAGGAAACAGUCAGACGGAGUCAGAUCUGGGCUGCCCCGGAGGCAAAGCACGCAUCAUCCACAAGGAAUCUGACAUCAUCACAGCCUUUGCCAUCAACAAGGCAAACCGUAACUGUUUAGUCAUGGCCUCCACUCAUGACAUUCAGGAGCUGGAUGUGUCAUCCAUUUUGGCCACACAGAUCUUGACUUGGAUCGAUGAUGAUGAAGUGGAAUCCAAAGGAGUCGGCGGUGAUGACUUCCUGGUGGUCCACACGCGUGACGACUUUGCCUCGCUUCACGGCACAACCCCUUACACCCACAGCAGCCCCGGCACACCCAUCAAUGUGCCGUGGCUGGGAGGCCAUCAGACCGGCAGGGGUGCAGCUGUGAUGAUAAAGAGAAAUAUCAACAAUGUGAGAAGAAUGACCUCUCAUCCCACACUACCAUACUACCUGACUGGGGCUCAAGACGGUAGCGUCAGGAUGUUUGAGUGGGGUCACUCCCAGCAGAUCAUCUGCUUCAGAGGUCCGGGUCACUCCAGGGUCACCAGGAUCCGAUUCAACCACCAAGGAAACAAGUUUGGUAUUGUAGAUGCAGAUGGAGCAUUAAGUCUCUGGCAAACUAACACCAGUGGGAACACACCCAAACCAUACCUGACUUUGCAGUGUCACAACAAGACCGCUAAUGACUUUGUUUUCGUGGGCUCUUCUUCUCUCAUCGCCACUGCAGGUCUUUCAACUGACAACAGGAAUGUUUGUCUGUGGGACACGCUGGUGACUCCUGCUAACAGCCUCAUACACACUUUCUGCUGCCAUGAGUCUGGCGCCACCGUGCUCUCAAUGGCGCAGCGGCGGCAGCUUCUCCUCACCGGCGGAAGAAAAGGUUGGAUCACCAUCUUGGAGCUCCCACACAGACACCAGCGGCAGAGUUUCCAGGCUCACGACUCGCCGGUUAAGGCUCUGGCUGUGGAUCCCACCGAGGACUGUUUCAUCAGCGGAUCAGCUGAGGGAAACAUUAAGGUCUGGAGUCUAGCCACGCAGGGCCUCCUCUACACUUUUCCAAACGAACACGCCCGCCAGUCGCUGUUCAGGAACCUCGGGACGGGAGUGAUGCAGAUCGAGGUGGGACCAUCUAGUCACAUCUUCUCCUGCGGCGCCGACGGAACCAUGAAGAUGAGGAACCUUCCCAACCGCUUUGCUGUGGCGGAAAACAGCAGCAGCCCCAAGAGCGACGUCAAGUUCUUCAUAUAGAAGGAAAACGGCCGCAGUGAACCAAGAGGAACGGAGCGGCGUGCAAACCAGUCAUUGCAGUGAUUCUUUUUUUUUUUUUUAUGAACCUAAAUCUUGUCUUGACGGGCAACCAAGCACAGGAGCUUUUUAUAGAUGGUGGAAACUGUAUCUGCUGUUUAAGGCUUGUGUAAAGAACAAGAGGCGGCCGUUUAUGGGGCAGAGUUCUGAUUCAACAGAAUUCUGAUGUACGAGAACUGGGCGGGGCCAGACAGAACCCAUCAUGUUUGGUGGGGAAGGAGCUGAGCCGAGCGAGCCGAGGACCAUCAGGCAGCACAUUGGAGGCCAGCAGAUGCCAUUUGUUUGUUUUUUCCACGUCACUUAUCUUGCAUCACACUUUACUGGGCGCUCCUCUCCAGCUGGACUCAAACUCAUCGUAUAAAGUUGGAGGUAAAUAGCAGGUCGCCUUUAAAGGGAAAUGUUAUUUUGCUUUCUGAUAGUUUGGUUGGAUGAAAACCCAACAGAUAGCAGCUUCUACCUCUGCUGUUGCCAGGUAGUAUCGGCAGGGAGAAACCAUAAACAGUUUUACAACAAUAUUUAUCCAUUUAUCAGCUGUAUAGUUGCAGUCAUGUGGACCGGCGCUCUGUUUGGUUUGUAUCAUCCAAAGUCUAUCUACUGUUUCAGAUUUCUGAUUAAAUGUGACGCAUUUCUGAAAAUGAACUGAUCCUAACCUGGAUUACAUAAAAAAAAAAAAAAAACAAUGAAAAUAAAAU